UCUCUCUUCAUAUCUUCAUCUCCGAUGAAGAUCAUCAUCUUCAGCCUUUAUCCUAAUGAAGAUCAUCAUCUUCAAACUCUCAUUUCUUCACACAUUUUUCAAACUCUCAGCUUCUUGUUAUGCUUCUUCUCUUUAUCCUCCUCUAUUGCUUCGCUUCCGCGUCUUUCGAUCUCGACGCCUCCAUCGCCACCGCCACCGAUACACCGUCGUUUGUUAAUCGCUGCUACGUCUUCCGAUCUCGACGCCUCCACCGCCACCAAUACAUCGUCAGAAGUUAAAGAUAUUGAUGGUGGUGGUGGUUCGACGGCGCCGACGUCGCCGAAGAUGUCACCGACGACCAACGCCGUUCACGGCGGCGGAGUUGUGGUGGUGGUGGGUUUCAAGUCGGUGGGUUUCAAGUUUUUGUUUUUGAGUUUGUCUUCAUGCGAAAACGUUGAAAAAAAACUGCUAAAGGAUGUUGAAGUUUCAGUUGAAGAAGUGAAUGGGUUGCUCUCUUACACAUUUGGGUUGUUUUUACAAACCCAAAAUUACCCCCUAAAAGGGUAUUUUGGGUAUGCUUUUUAA